AAUGUUUGCAACAUCCAGGUGCUUCUGCGAGCAGCUGAGUUUCUGGAGAGAAGAGAGAGAGAAGCAGAACAUGGCUAUGCUUCAGUCCUGCCUUUCAGUCCAGGCACCUCGGACAAGAGGAGCAAACAGAAGAACAAGAAGAUGUCAGCUGGUGGCAGUAGGUCGGUCCACAACGAGCUGGAGAAAAACAGACGAGCUCAGCUGAGGCACUACCUGGAGCAGCUGAAGAAGCAGGUUCCUCUGUCGUCGGACUCUGUGAGGAACACCACCCUGAACCUGCUGAGGGAGGCUCAGCUUCACAUAAAGAAGCUGCAGCAGCAGGACGAACGAGCGGAGCGGCUGAAGGAUCGCCUUCGCUGGGAGCAGAGAGAGCUGCGGGUUCGGCUGGAGCAGCUGCAGAGAGGCACGGAGAGGAUGAGGAACAACAGCCACGGCUCCACCAUGUCCUCCGAGAGGUCGGACUCCGACAGAGAGGACGUGGAGGUUGACGUGGAAAGCAUCGUGUUUGACUGCGUGGACUUGGACGGCCUGAAUAUUGCACACAGUGACGCAGACCACUCGUACUCCAGCGUGGACAGGGCCUGGCUAUGACCGCGAGUAAAAAAAAAUAAAUAAAUUAAGUGUCUGCCAGGAGCGGGGAAGAAGAGAAAACAUUCCAAAAAAGAAAAAUAAAUGAAUAAAACAGGAU